ACCGUAUCCACGUUUGACCUGUCUGGGGAGUGCCCAAACAAAAUCUUGCUCCAAAAACAGACCCCAGAGAGCUCCUCAGAGUUAUGCAUACUUCACGAGAAGAAACAAAAAACAUUCAACAGAAAACCAACGAAUCGAAACAGUGCCAUGCAAGACAACCAAUCACCUUUCCCAGCCUACAAGGAAAUCCCAGUCGAUGAAGAGGACUAUCGCUACUCACAAAGCUUUUAUCCAAAUGUCGCCACGGAUCUCCCCUUGGCAAAGGCGUUCUUUGACCAGUACGGCUUUUGCAUUUUUCGCGGCGUACUACCAAAAGAGCAGUGCGGCGAAAACGUAAAGGAUAUGAUGGCGUUGCUACAAGAACGAAAUCCCAAUGUCGACCCUGAAAACCCAAUCUUUUUGACGGGCCUCACUCACUUUGGUUGCCCCAAACGUGUCAACAGUUUGUUUCGUCCGCCGCUCUUGCGAUUGCGACAAGAUCCAGUGCUACACCGAGUACUAGCCACUGUUUUGGGCAACAACGAUCUGAUUGUCAAUCACGAUCGAUGGCUCUUGCACCGGCCACCACCCGCCUCCAGCCAAAAGCCGUUGACAAGACGCAACGUCCACAUCGACAUGAACCCGUUCGAGUUUGCAGACGAAACCGCCAAAGUAGAAAUUCAACACCGUCUUUCCCAACUGGAGUAUGGAAAGAACGAUCGAGCGUUCAUUGCCGAAAACAAUGACGUCCACGAGUCCAUGUUGAUGGAUGGUGGUGGUGUGGUGCAGGCCAUUGUCAAUUUGAGGGAUAUACCCAGCCGUGACCACGGAGGAACCAUCCUGAUACCUGGUUCGCACAAGACCUUUUCCGCCUGGCUGGGACAGUGCGCCGACGCCAACAAGCGACGAGUGGGACCCAUGCAAUACGUGUUAGACGACAAUGCCGACCGGGAACUCUUGAGCUUGGUACAGCAUCCCACCCUGCGGGCCGGGUCGGUGAUUGUAUGGGAUCAACGAGUCUUUCAUGGUUCCACACCGAACAUGAGCUCGAACUUUCGAGCGGCCAUCCCCAUAAAGGCCUUUUCAGCGGUCCAGUUGCAACAAGACCCGAAACGAGCGAGAGAACGAGCCGCAGCCAUUCAACGAGAAAUUGAGCGAGUGGGCUUUGAAACGGAGCUGACUGAUCAUGGACGACGGGUGUUUGGGUUGGAUUUGAGGCAACCCAAGAAACCUUGAAAUUGCAGCAGCUGACUCUUCACUCGUACCCGUAUGACUGGCACUACACUUGGUGAGGCCCGGUUUAGUCCUCAACUAAAUAAAAAGACAACAUUUGCAAUCUGU